CUGGCGAUGGGGAUUUCGUGGUCCAACUACGUGAACAUGAGGCUCUUCUUGUCGAUGGGGAUUUCAGGAGAGGAUUGUUUAUCAGUUCAUAAGGUGUCGGAAAUGCUUGUUGGCAUAUUGGGAGGCGGGCAGUUGGGUCAAAUGCUCUGCCAAGCAGCGAGUCAAAUAGGGAUCAAAGUGCUCACUUUGGAUCCCCUUGAGAACUAUCCUACAAGUUCUUUAUCACAUCAGCAUAUAGUCGGGAAUUUCAAUGAUGGCUCUGCAGUUCUUGAGUUUGCAAAGAGGUGCUCUUAGGCAUUCUCUGCAAGAUAGGUUGAGCAAGGGGAGCAGGGGUCAAGGAGAUGUGAUAUAUUUAAAACUCCGCACCAGUAUAGGCCACAAGGGGCGAUCUUACUUGCUGCUGCUUUUGCGCAUGAAGCAACUUGUUGUUGAGACUGUUGAUGGAUGCAUUAAGUAUCAUGCCUGCGUUGACUAAUCAUAGGGUGUUAAAUUACUUGUAUUCAUAAAGCUUUCAGUUUCCACUUGAACCAUAAUUUUAAUACGAGCAUUUACAUUUCAGAUUAUUGUAUGUGUGCUCUCCUGUAUCGGAUUAGGAAUGAUUUAUGCAAAAUUUGGUACAUUGAAAAUU